AUGGCACCAUCAACGACAAAGGCAUGGACCGUUCAAGGCCAGGAUGGCUUUGAUUCUCUCAAAUUCAAUGAGCAGGCCAAGGUACCUGAGAUUGGCGACAAGGACGUUCUAGUCAAGGUCCACGCCGCAUCAUUGAACUACCGCGACCUUAUCAUUCCCAUGGGCAAAUACCCCUUCCCGAUGAAGGACAACACUGUGCCUGGCUCGGAUGGCGCCGGCACUGUAGAAUCGGUCGGCAAGCGCGUCACACGCUUCAAGCCUGGAGACAAGGUAGUCACCCUCUUCAACCAAGGUCACAUCGCCGGCUCCCUAGACGCACAAUCUCUCGGCACCGGUCUCGGAGGCGCCAUCGACGGUACUCUGCGAGAGUACGGCGUUUUCGACGAAGCUGGUCUCGUCAAGGCCCCCUCCAACCUGAACAUGCUCGAGGCCUCUACCCUCUCAUGCGCCGCCCUCACAGCUUGGAACGCCCUGUACGGUCUGGAGUCACGCGCUCUCAAGCCUGGUGACACAGUCCUCACACAAGGUACCGGUGGUGUAUCCAUCUUCGCUCUGCAAUUCGCAAAGGCAGCUGGCGCCCGCGUCAUUGCGACAACCAGUUCCGCACAAAAGGCCGACCUCUUGAAGAAGUAUGGUGCCGACCACGUCAUCAACUACAAGGAGACGACCAACUGGGGUGAGGAAGCCGCGAAGCUCACUCCCAACGGCGCUGGUGUACAGCACGUUGUCGAGGUUGGCGGCCCGACCACGAUGGCACAGUCUCUCAAGGCCAUCGCCAUCGACGGCGUCAUCUCCAUUAUCGGUUUCAUUGGCGGCGGCGGAAAGGACCAGCCUACGUUCCUCGACUGCCUUAACAACAUCUGCACUGUGCGCGGUGUAUUGGUCGGUUCAAGACUGCAGAUGGAGGAUAUGUGCAAGGCAAUUGAGGCAAAUGACCUGCACCCCAUUGUUGACGAGAAGGUGUUUGAGCUCAAGGAUCUCAAGGACGCCUACCAAUACAUGUGGGACCAGAAGCACUUUGGUAAGCUCACUGUCAAGGUUGCAUCAUAG